UUGUUCUCUGUCCAAGUCGUUCAAAUGUUUUUAAAUCUAAACAAGUAAAACAAUCGACAACGCAUAUUAUGAUAUUGUUUUACGUGUCUACAAAUUGCGUUAUAAUACAUGUAUAUAUGUAUAUAUAUGACUACGGUAACGAACGUUCCAGCGUCCGCGUUUUAUUCAACAAAAAAUAAUAUCCUACCAACUACAUUUUUCUACGAAAAAUUAAUUUAUCGCUAAACACCAUAAUUAACGGUGUCCAAUACAAAAACUUAAUUAAACUACACUGAAGAUAACCGACGCAGCUACAUCGUAUUUAUACUACGCAUGUUUAUAACGAACAACGUAAAUGUGGGCCCAAUUUAUUGAUUUGGCCGGGAGAACAUUUCCUCUCGCGCUUUUCCCAUCUUUCCGCCGACUCGCUCUGUCCGCACUAGUUCAUCCCUGCGACAUUACACAAAUACGAGUACGCCUUACAUUCGUCACUGUAUUACAACCCGAUACUAUUAUCAAUAUACAUCGUUUAAUUGAAUAUUACCGACGAUCGAGUUAAAUGGAUAGAAUACCACCACAAUAUGAUUACUAUAACACAACUGAUGAACCAUGGUUGUCUGAUAAUAUGCCAAUUACAAAUGAAAAUUCUUCGGGGUCUGAUGAAUUGUAUUCCACAUUUACCACACCGAUUUCUCCAAUCGAACAAUCUACGAGCUUGAAUGCGAAUAAAUUAAUGGACAAAUUAAAUGAACAAUGCUCCAAAGAACGAAACAAGUGUGAGAACUAUGUUUUUCCAUCUUCGUCAAGUAUGAGUUUCACCGAUGCAGAUAGUUUACACCCGUUGUCAGCUCAUUCAAGGUUUCAAUUAUCCGACAUGCCAAUAGAACUACAGCCAGAGAGGUCAUCAAAAAAACGCUCGUGGUUCUUUUUGGCUUGGAUCACUAGUCUGGACUUCAUCAUCGAACCUCAGAGCUUUUGUUACGUAGCUUGGUUAAGUCUUGUGACCAUGUGCUACUUGUAUAACUGUUGGGUAAUACCGCUGCGUAUAACAUUUCCUUAUCAGACACCGGAAAACCUAUGGAAGUGGAUGUUGCUAGACUAUUGCACUGACGCAAUCAAUUUUCUGGACACAUUUGUGAUUAAACCACGUAUUAUGUACCUUAAAGAUGGGUUUUGGGUGCGUGACCUAAAACUUAUUGAAGUCAACUAUUUGGAAAAACUCCAAUCGAAAUUGGACAUCAUUUCACUCGUGCCAGCUGACUUAAUAUGUCUAACACCAGGGUCAACUUCAGAAAUGUUACCUUUGAUGAGGCUAAACAGAAUUAUUAAGAUUCAAACGUUUUGGGAAUUCUUUGAUCAUUUCGACAGUGUAUUGUCGUCGCCAUAUGUAGUCCGAGUAACAAGAACAUUAACAUACAUGGUCUACUUAGUACAUUUGAACGCGUGCGCGUAUUACUAUGUUUCGGUUAAAGAAGGGCUUGCUACGAACAAUUGGGUGUUCAACGGUCAGGGAAAUGCAUAUAUACGCUGCUUUUUCUUCGCUACAAAGACAGCAACAUCCAUUGGAAAAAAUCCGCACCCAGAAAACGAAGCUGAAUACUUGUUUAUGACUGCUAGCUGGUUGAUGGGUGUUUUCGUAUUUGCGAUUUUAAUUGGACAGAUUCGUGACAUAAUAGCGACAGCAACCAGAUCUCAAACUGAAUACAGAAAACUGCAAGAUGAAACGUUAGAAUAUUUGAGAAAAUUGAACAUACCUCCACGAAUACGAGAACGAGUUGAACAGUGGUUUUCGUUUACUUGGGAACAACAAAGAACCUUAGAUGAAAAUCGUAUUUUGGACUCACUACCGCAUAAAAUGAAAACUGACGUAGCCAUCAACGUACACAUGAAGACGUUGAACAAGGUGCAGUUGUUCAAAGACUGCGACAAAGCACUACUACGUGAACUGGUGUUAAAAUUGCGUCCAAUAUUGUACUUACCAGGCGAUUAUAUAUGCCGCAAGGGCGAGGUCGGCAAAGAGAUGUACAUUGUGAAAACCGGGCAGGUCCAAGUAGUUGGCGGUGAACACGACGAUGAAGUAUUGGCCACACUCACAGAAGGUUCGGUGUUUGGCGAGAUCAGCUUAUUGAGCCUGUGUGGUACCAAUCGAAGAACGGCGGACGUCAGAUCUCACGGGUUUUCCAAUAUUUUUGUUCUAAGCAAAGAAGAUCUUAACGAAGCCAUCAAGUUUUAUCCGAACGCCCAAGAAAUACUGAAACGCAAAGCAAGGGAGCUGAUUCAGCAAAAUGCAGCAAGAGAACACAGGCAAAUACCUAAUGAACUACUGGACAAUCAAUAUGGAAACAGCACGGACAACUUAAUGCGAGUCUUAUAAAUCCACUCAUAAAUAAAAUAUUUAAACAUCGAACAUGUUAAAUAUUUUAAAUUUGAUAUACCUGCAUAUAAAAUACAAUAA